AUGGCAAAGGCCAGGCAGGUUGCCAAGGUUUUUGAUGAUGGUGGUUCUGAUGAUUUUGACGUUGUUGUUGACCCCCAGGAGUCAUGUGACGAGGCUUGUUUGUCACCAGACCCUGGCCGUGGAGUUACCUCUUCCACACUGCGUGUCCAAGUUCGCCAGUCUCCUUAUUUCGACGCAUUUUAUAAUCAGCAUGCUGGUCGUAUCACCCUCGACAGCGGUGCUGCAGUAUUCUUUCCGGCUCCAGGUGUUGUCUCAAGUGUUGCUGGUAGGAUCUGCAUCCCAAACCUCUCUCGCGGUCCUUGUGUUAACCGUCGCAAUGAACAUCUUUGUCAGGGCUGCAAUGGUGCAUCUGGUCCAUUCAAGGCCGUUGUGAACAUGGGUCCUGUGCAGCCCCCACAACGCAAGGGUCGCCUUCUCUUGUAUUCCCAAGAAAAGCUUGUUGAAUUGCAGGGAAAGUUUGAUGACCUUGAGAAACACGGCGUCUUUGCACGCCCUGAGGAUAUUGGUGUUACGGUUGAAUUUGUCAACCCGUCCUUUCUUGUGAAGAAGCUGAAUGGCGGCUCUCGUCUUGUCACAGCAUUCGCUGAUGUUGGGCGCUACUCUAAGCCACAGCCCUCAGUUUUGUCUGAUGUUGAUUCCACUCUGAGAAAGAUAGGUCAGUGGAAGUACAUUAUUGCAUCUGACCUUGCAAGUGCCUUUUAUCAAAUACCUCUCUCUCGUGAUUCAAUGAAGUAUUGUGGCGUUGCUACCCCUUUCCGCAGCAUCAGAGUUUACACCCGUUGUGCUAUGGGUAUGCCAGGAUCAGAGACGGCAUUGGAGGAGUUGAUGAGUCAAGUGCUGGGAGAUCUAUUGUUUGAAGGUGUUGUUGUCAAGCUUGCAGACGACUUGUACUGUGGUGCUGACACCUGGCAGGCCCUUUUGCAUAACUGGUCCAGGGUGUUACAUGCACUAGCCUCCAAAGGUAUUUACCUUUCUCCAUUUAAGACUACCGUCUGUCCAAAAACCACCACGAUUUUAGGGUGGGUUUGGUCUGAAGGGAACCUCAAAGCAAGUCCUCACAUGAUAAAAACUUUGUCAACGUGCUCAUGCCCUUCAACCGUGAAGGGGAUGCGGUCUUUCAUUGGAGCAUAUAAGAUGCUUGCUCGCGUUCUCCCAAAUUGCGCAUCCUAUCUGGGUCCCCUGGAUGAAUCGAUUGCAGGUAUGAAAUCUCAAGACCGCAUCUGCUGGACGGAUGAGCUUCAUUAUGCCUUCAACAAAGCCCAGUCCGGCAUCAAGUAUACUCGUACGGUUACUCUACCAUGGCCAUCUGAUCAGCUAUGGAUUGUCACUGAUGGAUCCGUGAAGAACCAUUGUCUCGGCGCUACCAUGUACGUCACAAGAGACCGGACGCCUUUCGUCGCAGGUUUCUUCAGCGCAAAGCUCCGUGGUCGUCAAAUCACAUGGUUACCUUGUGAAGUAGAAGCACUGUCCACCGCUGCUGCCACCAAUCAUUUCAGCCCAUACAUCAUCCAGUCUCACCACCCUGUCUGCAUUCUUACUGACAGCAAACCUUGUGUUAAGGCUUAUGAGAAAUUGUGUCGUGGUGAGCUUUCUGCCAGUCCACGGGUUUCUACCUUUUUGGCAACCAUUAGCAGAUACCGGGUUUCCUUACGUCACCUGGCGGGCUCCGCUAAUGCCCCAGCUGACUUUCCGAGUAGGAAUGCUCCCCCAUGCCAUGAUGUUCGAUGCCAGAUCUGUACUUUCAUUUCACGGAUGGAAGACUCUGUUGUCCAUCUUAUUUCUGUUGCUGACGUCCUCUCAUGGAAGAAACGCCUCCCUUUCACAUCUCUUCACGCGUGGGGUAGGAUUCAGUCUGAUUGUCCGGCCCUCCGCCGUGCCCAUGCCAACCUUACUCAGGUUACUCGCCCGUCGAAGAAGUUAACAGGCAUCUGUGAUGUGAAGCGAUAUAUCCAGGUUGCCACCAUCGCUCUUCUCCGUGACAUCUGA